AUGGCCACGAAUCCAUCCAAUGAUGAUCAGAUCUCUAUCAGGCAUGCACGUCCUGAAGACGUGCCUUUCCUCGCGGCCGUCGAGACCUCUGCUGCCGCACUCUUCCGGACCGUGAACCUCGGCUGGAUCGCCGAUAUGCCGCCGAUGGAACCGUCAUUGCUCCACAGGAUGAUCUCCAGAAAUCGCGUCUGGGUCGCAGUCACGUCAGACGUCCCUGUGGCCUUUUCCGCCGCAGAACCAAAGGACGGGCUGUUUUACAUUGCAGAACUCUCUGUACACCGGGAAUGGCAGCGAAAGGGCAUAGCAACGAAGCUAAUCGCUGAGAUGGAGCGGCAGGCGCGACAGGAGGGUUUUUCGCAUCUUUCGCUGACGACGUAUCGAGACAUCGAAUGGAAUGGCAAGUUCUAUGCCAAACUGGGAUUUGUUGAAGUCGAACCGGCAGCAGCUGGUGUGCAGCAUGUCAAGGAGCUUGAAGACGAGAGGGAGAAGGGACAUGAUAUCACGAGACGAAUUUGGUUAGAGAUAUCCAACUAA